CCUCAAAAGUGUGCCUGUGAGCAGAGAGAGGGGAUCCAGAGCUGAAGUGGAAGGAGUCAAUCAAGGAGGCAAAAACACAUAACACUGACUUGAAUCUGCAGCGUUCACCUGAGCUUCAAACCAUGACACUGCUACUAGCGGGGAAGGGGUCAGGGGGAUGUGAGCUGGGUGGGAUGGAGCUGCUUGACCUCCUCUUCGACCAGCAGGACGGGAUCCUCCGCAACGAGGGCUUAGGGGGGACAGCGGCUCACCACGGCAACGCACAGAGCUGGCCAAUCACAGAGCAGAAUCUCCUGGUCAAUCCUGACAGUGAUGAUUUCCUCAACUCUCUGCUGGGUGCGGGUGACUCAGUGUCCAGCUCCCCCUUGUGGUCGCCAGCCACCAGUGACAGCGGCAUCUCUGAGGACCCCCACUCUGACCAGCUGGACAGUCCGCAACACUGCCAGACCCCUGACAGCCCAGCCGUUUACCAGCCUGCCCAGACCCAAAACGAACAUCCCUGCCUGGGCACUGCCAGCACUGAGUCCCCCCAGGCCACGGACAUGCUGGAGCCCGACAUCACCAUCGACCUGGAGGGCUGGGACUCCUCUUUCCUCUCCCAGACCGGGCUGGGAGUGCGUUUCGAGACGUUCCCACUCACAGUGAAGGACCUGCUGCUGUCAAACACCUCCGAGCUGCAGCCUCAGCAGCAAUCCCAGCAGCCCUUUCAGGAGCUGGUUCUGAAUGAGGAUGAGAAGAAACUGCUGGCCAAGGAGGGAGUGAGCCUGCCCAGCCAGCUACCGCUCACCAAGUACGAGGAGCGCAUCCUGAAGAAGAUCCGCAGGAAGAUCCGCAACAAGCAGUCGGCCCAGGAGAGCCGCAAGAAGAAGAAGGAGUACAUUGAUGGGCUGGAGAGCCGGAUGUCUGCCUGCAAUGCUCAGAACGAGGAGCUCCAGAGGAAGGUGUUCCAGCUGGAGAAGCGCAACACGUCUCUGAUAACGCAGCUCAGGAAGCUGCAGGCCCUGGUGAUGCACGGCUCCAACAAGACAGCGCAGACUGGAACCUGCAUCCUGGUGCUGCUCCUCUCCUUCUCCCUAAUCCUCUUCCCCAGCCUGCGGCCGUUCUCCGACAGCCAGGUGGCCCAGGAGGGAGGAGACUUCAUUCCGGUGCGAGUGCAGUCCCGCUCACUCCACGGCCUCGAGUCCUCUCGUGUUUUCCACGCCGUGGCUCACGACCACGUCUACUCAGCGCCGGAGCAGGGGGAGGGUCCGGGCGCCGUGUCGUCACUCGAGAAGAUGCUGAAAGGGUACCGACUCGUUGACUCCGCCCUGAACACCAGCCAGGCCGAGGCCCUGGAGCCCGAAGGGUUAAACAGCGCUGACCCCAUCACCGGCCGCAGAGUGACCACCUUGAGGUGGAGCGGGAGAGGAGUGAAGCAGGGGGUGGUGCCUGUGCAUGCGGACGAGAUGUGACAGCACAGUGCAGCGCUGCACAAUACAGCACGAUACAAUACAGCGCAACACAAUAACACACACCCAGAACAGUGCUACACAACUCAUAACAACACACACCACACUGUAAAACACAACACUACACAUCUAAAACCUAUUAUUAUCAACCUGUUUAUUUCCUAAUUUACUCUUUUCAGAAUUGUAAUAUAACGUGUUUGUCUUGUAUUUGUUUUUUGUUUUUUCGAUCUUGUGUUUUUGCUUUUUUAUUUUAAAUUCACUGUUAAAAGUGAAUAGCAGCGGCUUUGCUAUAGCCACUGUGUCUCUAUAGACACGCUCUGUAACUGCUAGAGCGCUGUGUUAAUUCUCAUUUCAUACUGACGGGGUAGAUUUCUGGGUGGGGAGUCGAGAAGAAAAUCGUGGGGUGGUGGGGGGAGGUAAAUAUAUUUUGUUGUAAAUUGUAACCAUUAAAUAUGCAUUUAAAAACUACUGCCGUUCUUUGUCUCCUUCGUUCUUUCAAUGCAACGUGACCGGACUGCAGCAGGAGGGCUGUCUAUCCUGUCCUUGGAGA